AUGGCUGCUACAUACACACAAGAGGCUGACUACUGGAGCUAUGUCAUCCCUAGUGGUGCUUCCACACCUGCUUCAUUCACCUCAGAGAAUACUGAAACUUGCUUCACAAAUAUCUCUACACCCAAUACAGAGCUCUCAGAGCCUCAGACACUACUGGCCAUUGACCCCAUCUCUGAGGACCAGUAUGUGCUGGUUGUCGGUGGUCUUGGCUACAUCGGCUCUCAUACAACAUGGGAGCUCCUAAAGGCUGGUCAAAACGUCGUCAUAGUCGACAAUCUAAGCAAUUCAUAUAGAGACGUUCUUCAACGCCUCCAGCUCCUCGUCAAGGACCACUACAAGGGACACUCUAAUGUCCCCCAACUCGAUUUCUACGAAGCCGACUACCGCAAGAGGCCCGCCAUGAAGGCCAUUCUCGAGCGCUAUGACAGCCUCUACACGCUCAAAUCAACCAUCACAUCAGUGAUUCACUUCGCCGCUUACAAAGCUGUCGAAGAAUCCAUUCACCGACCACUCAAGUACUACUCCAACAAUGUCGCAGGUCUCAUCGACUUCUGCGACUUGCUUGACACUUUCUCCAUCAAGACUCUUGUCUUCUCUUCCUCCGCCACCGUCUACGGCGAACUUGCCAACAAAGGCGGGCGCCUGCGCGAAGAACUUACCAGCCACACAACCACACACUGGACCGACAAGUCCGGUUCUACACGCACCACACUUAGUGGCUGCACUGGCUUGACCAACCCCUACGGCCGCACAAAAUGGAUGAGCGAAGCCAUCCUUGCUGACCUAGCAGCCAGCGACCGAGAGUGGAAGAUCUACGCGCUGCGGUACUUCAAUCCCAUUGGCUGCGACUCGAGUGGUGUGCUCGGUGAGGACCCCAGGGGUACACCGAACAAUCUCAUGCCCAUCGUGGUUCGUGUCAUGGAAGGCCAGAUGUCAGAGCUUAGUGUCUUCGGCUCAGACUGGGACACCUCAGACGGCACCGCGAUAAGGGAUUUCAUUCACGUCAGCGAUCUGGCGAGGGGGCAUGUCGCUGCCAUUGCUGCAGGUACAAGCACGAAAUCUUUACCUGGGUUCCAUACUAUCAACCUUGGCACAGGAAAUGGCAGUUCAGUAAAGGAAGUGGUGGAUACGAUGCAAGCUGUCUCUGGCAAGACUAUCAAGACCAAGGCGUCUGGCAGAAGGGAAGGUGAUGUGGGUGUCUGCAUUGCGGAUCCGUCGAAGGCCGCGAAGAUGCUCGGAUGGACGCCGCAGAAGACACUGGAGGAUUCUUGCAGGGACAUCUGCAGAUAUCUAGAUACUCAUGCUUAA